AUGCGGGGCGAUAAGCCCGAUAAACAAUUUCUCCCCGAACGCGACUCGCACUCCCCACCACUUCACAACCUCCAACACGUGAAGACAACCUCCAAUUCCCACAAUUUCGGUCCUAUCUCACACACCAAUCAAAACCAAACAAUCAAUCCAAAUAUGCCACACCCGAAUCCCCUAACCUUAAUAGUGGCAACAACCCCAAUCCCAAUCCGUCACGCAACAGAAGAAACAACAACGCGCCUAGGAAUCGGGCUCAAGGGAACCCUCCCAUGGCCACGCAUAAAAACAGACAUGUCAUUCUUCGCGCGUGUGACCUCACGCCCGCCCAGCCCGGGCAAAACAAACGCCAUCAUCAUGGGUCGCAAGACAUACGAUUCCGUGCCUGCCUCAUUGCGCCCGCUUGCUAAGCGGAUUAGUGUUGUUGUUACGCGUGAUACGAGUGGAUCUGUUAAGGAGGGGGUUAUGAGGGAAUUAGUGGGGAGGAGGGAGAGGAUUGCUGCUAAGGCUGCUGAGGCUGUGAAGAAGGAUGGUGGGGAGAAGGCGGUUGAGCCGAUGACGGAUGUUAUUGUCGUGCCUAGUCUGGAACAAGCGUUGGAGAGGCUCGAUUCCGAGUAUGGAGAGAAGGGGGUUCUGGGGAAGGUUUUUGUCAUUGGGGGUGCGGAGAUUUACAAUGCUGCGAUUGGAUUGCAGGCAGGGUCUGCCUUGAAGGGGAGGCCUGUGAGGGUUGUUAUGACGAAUGUUGUGCGAAAGGGUGUUGAUGGGUCUGUUGGGUCUUUUGAAUGUGAUACGUUUUUUCCGCUUGAUGGGCUUGAUGCGGAGAAUGGGUGGCGGACUGCUAAAUCUGCGGAGGUUUCUGAGUGGGUUGGGGAGGAGGUUGAUGGGUUGUGGAAGAGCGAGGGGGAUGUUGAGGUCCAGAUGGUUGGGUUUGAGAAGGUCUAG